UGUGUGUGUGUGUGUGUGUAGGGGGAUGGUGUCUAGUGUUGUUGGUCAGUGUGUGUCUGUGAGCAGAGUGUCACCCAGGCAGUGUGAUGAUGGACAGACCGGACGACGACGACGUUAUCGUCCUGGCCAGCUUCAACAUCCACCGCAGCCAAGGUCGUCGGGCGCGCAGGAGGAACUUCAUCACCAUAUCAGAUGACUCUGACGAGGAGCCGGUUCCUCUGGACCCCAACAGUCCUGUCCUGGUUUCUGACAAACCUGACGAUGAUGAUGAUGUCAGCAUACUAGAGCCCCUGAAUCCUGCCCGGCGACAUGUGAUUCGUCCAGCAGCACUGUGGGGUGUGGCCUCUGAAGGCGAUGGACCAAUCAUAGAGCUAAAAGAGGUUGACGGUCAUCGGACUGCACCCCUUCCAUCCACCUCACAGUCCAGAGACGCCUCGGCCCCAUCCACCUCACAGUACAGAGACACUUCCGCCCCAUCAACCUCACAGUACAGAGACACUUCCGCCCCAUCAACCUCACAGUACAGAGACACUUCCGCCCCAUCAACCUCACAGUACAGAGACCGAGACGCCUCGGCCCCAUCCACCUCACAGUACAGAGACCGAGACGCCUCCGCCCCAUCCACCUCACAGUACAGAGACACUUCCGCCCCAUCAACCUCACAGUACAGAGACCGAGACGCCUCGGCCCCAUCCACCUCACAGUACAGAGACCGAGACGCCCCAUCCACCUCACAGUACAGAGACCGAGACGCCUCGGCCCCAUCCACCUCACAGUACAGAGACGCCUCGGCCCCAUCCACCUCACAGUACAGAGACGCUCGGCCCCAUCCACCUCACAGUACAGAGACACUUCCGCCCCAUCCACCUCACAGUACAGAGACGGAGACGCUCCGCCCCCAUCCACCUCGCAGUACAGAGACCCUCCGCCCCAUCCACCUCGCAGUACAGAGACCCUCCGCCCCAUCCACCUCACAGUACAAAGACACCUCCGCCCAUCCACCUCACAGUACAGAGACCGAGACGCCUCGGCCCCAUCCACCUCACAGUACAGAGACCGAGACGCCUCCGCCCCAUCCACCUCACAGUACAGAGACCGAGACGCCUCCGCCCCAUCCACCUCACAGUUCAGCCCCUGCACCUCCUCAGCCCCAUGCCCGGCCCCGAUCCCCCCAACAGCAGCUCCACCCUGGACCCCUCAACCAGCCUCCCCUUUCCCCCCAGGCUCUCCUCCUAACCCAAGCCUUCCAGAUCCAACAACCCAGAUCCCUUCAUCCCCAACCUGUUCCCCAGGUCGCUCCCCAGCCCGUGCCUGCUCCCCAGCGGUGUCCUGCGGGCCCCUGUGGCGUCCCUGCGCCCGCCGUGCUGAUAGCUGCUGCCCCCCAGCGGUGUCCUGCGGGCCCCUGUGGCGUCCCUGCCCCCGCCGUGCUGAUAGCUGCUGCCCCCGAGCGUCUGGGUCUCCCAGAGACCGGCCAUCGCAUCACCCUGGGCAGCCAGACUCUUGGGGGCCUUAACCCCCAGUCCGGAGGCCCGCUGCUGACACACGACCGCCCUCUGUCCCUGGAGCCACAGGUGGUAGUUGUGGUCAACCGGCCGGCCACUCAACCUCCCCUCCCCAUCCCGGCUCUCGCUGUUCCCCUGAACCCUAACCCCAUAGUCCCAGCCCCUGUCGUCCCCAGGACAGCGGAGGAGAGGGCAGGUCCCUCAGAAGACCAACAGGAAGUCCAGGGACCAGAGACACCUCAGCUGCAGCCCCACGUCAGAGCACUGGUCAGAGGAGUGGUGGAUCUGUUUCCUGAUGUCCAGGAGAACUAUGUAGCAGAACUGAUCCAGACCAAUGACCUGAAAGACCUCAAUGUUAUCUGUAACAUGUUGCUGGAGAACCCAGCCUUCCCUCAGAGAGAGAGUUCAGCCGCCGCGGCUCAGAGCAGCAUGCUACUGGAACCCUGCAACGACAACUCACAGUCUGUAGAGGACCUGUUUGACUACGGGUCGUUAGGUCAGGUGGGUUCUGAGGCGGCGAUGCAGGCAGCUGACCUCUUGAUGGGAGACUUCAGGAUGAUUUCCUGUCAGGACAUCAAAUGGAGCCUCAACGCCAUGAAGGGGCACUACGCAAUCACACGCAAGGCCUUAUGUGAAGCGGUGAAGCAGUUUCAAGACUCUGAGUCGUUAGAGAAGAGACGACCCAGGAGACAGACUGCAGAACGCUGCUAUAUAGACUUCAAGUAUCAGCAUGGUUCGGUGAAGUUGGAGAGGAGGAUGUACUUCCUGGAGAAGAACCGUCGCGGCUGCAGGACGUACGGAGCGGCUCUGGACCCCUCGCUACAGAGGGAGAUCACCUUCUAUCAGCAGAAAGCCAAGGAGCAUGCUGAGCAUGAAGACUUCCUGCUGGCUCUGCAGGUUAAUGAGGAGGAGUAUGAGAAGGACGGACAGCUGAUAGAGUGUGGGUGUUGCUGUGGGGACUUUGCCUUCGAGAAGAUGACCCAGUGUUCAGAUGGACAUCUCUUCUGUAAAGAAUGUCUGGUUAAAUAUGCCGAGGAGGCCGUGUUCGGGUCGGGACAGUCCUCUCUCAGCUGUAUGGAAGACAAGCUGAAGAGGCCGUGGCCGCCACCUGCGCCGACAGAACUAGUACGUUGUCCGUCCUGUAACUUCCCAGCGUUGUUGGAUAAAGGAGUGUCGCUGUUCAGCUGUCCCAACCCUCGCUGUCGGAAGGAGAGCUGCAGGAAGUGCCGUGUCCAGUGGAAGGAGCAUGCUGGGAAGUCAUGUGACCAGGUCAUGGAACGAGAUGAGAUACGCAUGAGGGUGGCCUUUGAGGAGCGGAUGACAGCAGCUCGGGUCAGGAAGUGCGUGAAGUGUGGAACAGGUCUGGUGAAGUCCGAGGGAUGUAACAGGAUGUGGUGUCGUUGUGGAAGCUACAUGUGUUACCUGUGCCGAGAGCCAAUCAGUGGAUACAACCACUUCUGUCAGCACGCCCGUUCCCCUGGCGCUCCCUGUAGGCACUGCCGCAAGUGCUCUCUCUGGACAGACCCCACG